AUUAAUUAAGUUGUUCUUUUAAAUUGUAAUCCAUGCAUGUCGGUCACGAUCGCCGCGUUUGUGGUACCCCUUGUAUGGGCGGUCGUGACACCACCCGAACCUGCUGCAAAUGCUUCUGCAGCAGUGAAAGAAACAUACAGAAAGUGGCGUAAAGCCAAUGAGAUGGCGAAGUGCUACAUGUUGGCUUCUAUGUCAACAGUACUUCAACAUCAGCAUCAAUGCAUGAACACUGCUACUGAGAUUAUGAACAAUCUUAAUAACCUUUUUGGUACUCAGAAUCGAGCGGCUAAAUCUUUAGCCUUUCGGAGCAUCAUGACUAAGGUUAUGAAGGAGGGCACAUCUGUGAGGGACCAUGUCCUCGAGAUGAUGAGCCACCUCAAUCAAAUUGAGGUUUUGGGAGGGAUCAUUGAUCCCGAGUCCCAAGUAACUAUAAUCCUUCAGAGUUUGCCAGCUAGCUAUCAGCAGUUCAAGCUCAAUUUCGAGAUGAACAAGAGGGCUUACACCCUAGCUGAACUGUUGACUGAGUUGCAGUCAGCGGAGGAUCUUAUGGUCUAGACAAAGGCUGCUAUGAUGAGUUCUAGGCCGUCUUCCUCAGGCUCUAAGCCAGGUAAGGGGAAGAAGAAAGCCCAGAAUGUUGUAGCACCAAAGAUAGCUAAGGGCAAAAAGAAACGGGUGAACACAAACAAGAAGCAAAGUGGCAAGUGUUUCAAAUGCGGCGAAAAGGGGCAUUGGAAGCCGGAUUGUCCUAAGAAGGCCAAUGGCUUAGGUAACAAGACAGUUGAAUGAAACAGAGAUCGAGAUCCAGCUGGGCGAUGCUACGAGAGUGGCAGCCUUUGU